AUGGGAAUAACCGAUGUACGCCUUACAAGUGAUUCACAACUGGUUAUACGACAGAUAGGUCUAGAGUAUAAUGUCUACUACGAGAGUCUUUCAGCAUACAUGGCCUUGGUCCAGACUCUGGCAUCCCGAAUACCAAAUAUUAAAUUACGGCAUUUAUGCAGAAAAGAAAUUAGGCAUGCCGAUGCUUUAGCUUAUAUAUCAUCUAUGUUGAAAGAUGAAAGCAUUCAGGAAAUCAAGAUAAUAAGAGUGUACAAGCCCUUGGUCUACCCUCAGGAAUCCUUCGCUACAAAUCGUGAAGACGACGUGGAGGAGGAUAUCGCUAACGAUGAUAUAGGGGAAGAAAUCGCUGAUGACUUUCACGAAGAUGAUAUCAUGACAAUAGCUAACGAGGACGAAGACUUCAAAAACGAAGAAGAUUGGAGAACCGAAGUUCAUCUCUUCCUUAAAGAAGGAACGCUACCUACAGACCUGAAGCAGGAUAGAAAAGUGCAGUCAAAGGAGGGAAGGUACGACCUCAGGGACGGAAUUUUAUACAAGAAGUGUUUUUUCGGACCAUUGUUACGCUGCCUAUCAAGAGAAGAAGGACACCGGGUUUUGAAGGAUAUACACUAUGGGGAUGCAGGUAACCACAGUGGGAUGAGAUCCUUAGCAGACAAGGCAAAAAUGCAGGGAUAUUACUGGCCAACGAUGAUACCUGAUGCUGCGAGAAUUUCGAGGAGAUGUUAG